AUGUCAACGCCGACAUCUUCACACCCUCACGGCUCUGCAAUGGCCUCCAAAAAGACUGCAAACCAUGUCACAACACCCUCGCACCUUGGGCUUUCGUCGCCGGCUCCGCGCAACAUGACAUCACCCGCCGCAAACCGUCGAGAUCUUGGUGGAAAGAUGCCGGGUGGUGCUGGAGUUGGUGGGCAAGCUUCUAAGACGAUUGGCGCAUCACCAAUGGUUCGGACCCUCAGUCAAACUGGUGCAGGGUCGUCGCCGACUACGCUCAUGGCAGGCAUUGGGACCCCACUGGCAGGGCUGGGCCUCGAUCUUGCAGGACCAACGUCCGGCGGGACUCCAGGACAUAUGAGUAUACCUACGCCUUUGCUGGGCGCUGCCAGUGCCGCCAUGCUGCCGAGCCUGAGUGGGUUCAGUGGCUUAGACGUGCCCAUGAGCGGGCUUCGGAAGCGAAAUGAGGACGAAGAGCGGCGGCUCAAGUUGAGGAAAGUGUUGCAAACGAUAGGAAAAGCAAAGAGCCGAGUCAGUGAGGAGAGUAUAGCGCGAGUUUCGCGACGAUUAGGCCUGCAGAACGACAUCGAUGCGGAAAAACUCAGCGCUGAUGAGAAAGAGAGAAAGGUUGGCAAUCGCACAAUAGGAAUUGCGGGAAAAUCCAUUCUGAUUGAUAUCGAGCUGAAGAACCACGUUGCUGGCAAUGUUGCGGUCAUGUUCAGUGGUGAAGGGAAGACUCUGGAAGAAGAGGGAACAGCAGCAGGCAGAAUUCUCCGGGAGGAUCUGGCUCCCAAGGACGGUGUUCUUCUACAGACACCCUUGGACUCCUUCGCCUCUCAUCUGAGCCAUGUAGCAAGACUAGACAGAUUGUCGGAUGGUGUCAACUGUUUUGAGGCCAUGAGCGGAUUAUAUUCUAGUCUUAGACGCCUAUACGAUGCCGAGACAACAGUAACCAGGGAUGCCCUGCCGGCUCAGGGGCUACACCCGAGCGCCGCUUUCUCAGAUGAUGAACGUACCGAAUCAGAAGUCGCUCGCAAGCGAAGCGGGAGGCCGACGAUGCAUGAGCGAGGUAAGAUCGGGCUGGCAAUCGAGUAUUGGGCAGCACCAUUGCGUGCUUCGCACAUAAUCCAGGACCCUUCAGCAAUGGACACCGAUGACAAGAGAAGCGGCGACGUUUCCGCCAAUGCCGAGGCUGGCGUACACGCUCUCCGUAUUGACAUUGCAAGCUCCUCUACAAGCCUGUGCCCGCCCAUCAGGAUAUCAGAUGGCUGGCUUCCCGAAGUCUUCACAAUUCCACCAGCAGACUCCCUGCAAGGCCUGCCCUGGCAGGAACCGCCGCCGACCUACACGUCAAAGGCAGAUGCAGGCCUCGAAGUAGAUAGCAUGGCUAUCGAAAGUGAAAGCAAGCUGCCGGACCUCCAUUUCACAGCGAGACUAGACCCGCCGAUCAUAGUUCCGAUGUCUACCGCGAACAAUAUCUUCGCAUUACUUGGCGUGACAAAUUCAAGCUUUGGAUUUACCUCAUAUCAGGCGAUGUUACUUGAUAGCCCGACUGAGGAAGGUGUAGUACCCGAGAUCUCGGCCAUGCGAACAGUCACCACGAUGCGAGAAGGCCAAGUAGUUGACGAAGCACAUCGAUAUACACUGAAUGUCCACAAGUCAGACUAUGGCUGCCGCCUCGAGGAACUUCCAUUUUCGCACCCCAGACAGCUGAUUGAGCUACUACCGACGCUUCGACAAUGGUCGUAUUUUGGGUCCUUGCUACGGGGCGCCUUCGCUAGCAACACCUCGGCAUCGAGCAAGUCAAGCAACCUGGCCACCCCAGAUUCUGCCGUGACCACCGCAAAAUUGUCACUUGAAGAUGCUUCCAAAUCCUUCGUCAAACACGAAGAGCAGGCAACGGUCUUCAGUGUUGACAUUGAAAUGACGACAUCUCCCCAACCGUCUCUCUGUUUGACGUUCAUAGACAGAGAAUCUCGAAAAUUGCGGAGCAUAGACGUACAGGUAUUGCCCAACGCAGAAGUGGUGAUCGUACCUUCGACGCAUGCCGAGGACCCUCUCACGACCGCGACCGCCAAAGAAGAGGCCGAGGGACAGGAUACUACAAAAAAGGCAAGAGCGCUCGAGAUUUGUGGUGAUGUUUGCGUAUGGCUGGAAUGGCUGCAGAGGAAGGAGGUGAACCCGACAUAA